GUGCAUUCUAAAUCUCAGCCUUAGCACCCUCCCCUCUAUUGUUACUAUCUUUUGGGGAUUGCUCAGUGAUGGCUCUAGCCAAUGCAUGCUUCUCUGUAAUGAACAGACAGCCCUCUUCCUUGGAAGCAGGAACUUCUGUGCUGAGAUCAGUUUCUACCUUCCUCGAAUCAACCGGCAUCGGAAGGAGGAGCACAAUAGCCUUGCUUGCAUCCACUGCCAUAAUUCCUGAAGUCACAGAUUCAAGAAAGGCUCUUUUGCAAGAGUAUCUUAAGAGGUCCAAGGAGAACAAGGAAAAAUAUGACAAAGAGAGGCUAGAUGACUUUUACAAGAGGAACUACAAGGAGUAUUUUGAGUUUAUUGAAGGAUCAGUGAGAGACAAGAAAGAGGAGGCGUUGUCUGAGGCAGAGAAGGAUAUACUGAAAUGGCUGAAGAAGAACAGGAAAUGAGACCUUAUAGAUUCUUCAAGGGUUGGGCUGUAGCAGGAUCAAUAGCUAGGAACAAUUGUGGAAACCAAAUCUUGAACUUUUGUGGCAAAUCACGAUAUGUCCACUGAUUAUAUGCAUGUCUUUGAAUGUUCUGGUU